CUGGAGCGCGUCGCAGGUUCCCGCAACCUUGCGAUUUCUCUUUCCUCCCACUCCCAUCUCUUGCGUCGCUCCUGGCGCUUUUGUGGAUCUCUUAUUUCUGACACUUUAUCGCGACCAAUUCUAAUUCUAUCACUCAAGGACUCACGCUCACUAACGACACAUAUUUCUCAAAAACAACAAAAAAAGAGAAAAAUCAGAUUCAGUUCUGGAUGGCUGACACCACACAGGCAUUCCCGCCCUGGUUGACGGAGGUUGUGUCGACUGUCACUGACGACAGCGGCAUUCCCCUUGCCACCGUCACCUCGAUUAUGUACCUGCCAUUGACAUACUAUGGGCCCAGCAUUCCAUUGGGCUCUGACUGGACAUACGGCGGUCUAACCUCUCCUGCAUCCACUGCAACAUCCAUUACUGAUACAUCAAUAACUACUGCGAUACCUACAACCACCUCACCUGCGACACCUACGACCUCAUCAACAAUACCUUCAACUUCAUCAUCUAUACCUUCAACUUCAUCUGCGAUACCUUCUUCAUCUACCUCUUCAUUAUCCAAUUCGUUAACAUCAUCAAUCUCCGCGUCGACCUCUUCAUCUGCACCCCUCACUGCGUCGUCUACAUCCUCCUCUUCUACCCCAACCCUACCUCCGAGUUCACAAAACGGACGCCUCAGUAAAGGCCAAAUCGCCGGCAUAGUCGUGGGCUCUGUUCUCGCACUUGUGGUGCUUCUCAGCAUGGGAAUCUGUUAUCUUCGAAGCAGGGACUAUCGUCGACGUCGACUUCGCGAAGAAGAGGACUGGCGAGAAAAAGAUUUUGUCAUUGUCGAUCACCCGUCCCAUCCUCCCGGGGAAGGUUCACCACGGGGCAGCGGGGAAGAGGUUGAUCCAUUCCUCCAACGCAGUCGCGAUGCUCCAGCUGUUCCACCAAAACGGAGGGGUGGCGCUAAACCAGGGCCGUUUAGGAGACAAGCUGCGCCAGCAGAGGCCAAAAAAGUCCCUAUGGAUACCGUAUCCUCCAAUGGCACCAAUAGUAGCGGAAAUAAAUCCUCUUCAACAGGCUCUGGCUAUGGGUCUCUACUAGAACGUCCUACUAUCCACUUCGACCCUGAGGAUGAGUACCGUCCAGGAUUCACUCCUCCCGCCCCCGAGCCUCUUCAUACUUUAGUAGAAGAAUCAGUCUUGCAGCCCUCCGACGACGGAAAUACCGACUUUGGUCCUUCCAUGCCUCCGCCUCCUCCACUGAUUGAUCCGGAUUCUCAUUCUAGCAGAGACUCUUCCCGUAAUUCUCGGCAAACACAUCGAUCAUCAUAUCCCAUUGAUGGAGACGAGCCCGCAAUGUUGGCAACGGCCCGGCGUGUCCGGGUUGAAGACCUUGGCCCUCGAACGUCUCCGUUAUCGUCCAAUUCGCCUCUUGAUUCGCCUGAGCGACUUCAUCCUGGCACAAGCGAUGCCGCCCGACACAGUGGUGGUCUUCUCGGACUCGGAAGUUUGGUUGGCUUGGGGCGGUUCAGCAACCUGUUCAAAAGUAUGGACUCUUCGUCCCGGAGGCAUUCACGUCUUCCCUCUGAUGAUCUCGAGUCGGGUCAAGCUUUGCUUGCUAAUGUUUCCCCUGAAAUGUCCCAACGCCCUCUCGGACCCGCGAUGAGUUCCAUGAGUGAUCGGCCAAUGUCGAGUGUUAGUGCCAAGAGUGCAGCAUCUGGUGCAACCGUGUAUCAUGACGCUCAGUCUUCCAUACCUAGUACUCCUGUCCUAGCCGGUGUUCCUGUGCUUACCCCUCCUCCUCGCGCCCUUGCCGCACCAAACCAGGCGGAAUUAGGUAUUUGGAGUCCGGGGUCUGUUGAAAGGAUGAGGCACCAGGCCUCUGCGCCGGGAGAGUCGUCCGUUGCAGAAACGUCGACGGCUCCGAGCGUUCCCACAUCGCCGGUAACACCAGUAUUCAGUGGUCAGAUCGAUAUCCUUGAUAUGCCUGCCCCACGAGGUAUCUCACCGUUCACGUCGGCAUCUUCGAUGAAGGAUACUCCGAGCAACAGCAGUUUCGGCACCAAACUGCUUUCAUAUCCUCCAGGGUUGCCUUUAUCAACGCCUGCACGAAAAUGGGAAGAUAUUUCAGGCACUACCUCAUCGAUGGGCUCCUACGUUGGCGGAUCAGAUGGUGCUGCUGGCGUCACUAUCGAUAUCCUUGAGGAGGAGCCUCCCUCUGCUGGAGAUGGAUGGAGGUCUCUAGCUGGCGUUGUACCAAGCAGUGUGGACGAAGUGGGACGAAGGACAACGUUCGGAUUGCCUCAGUUCAUUCACCAGCCUGGUCAUCCCUCUGAGCAGGGAUCAUUGCACUCGAUGCGUUCUCAUCUAAGCCCAGGGUCAACGAGCUCUGCGGGCUCGGCUCCCGCUUCGCUCCGGGACCCCUCUACUGGUUCGUCAAAGAGCCGUGGGACCGCUAGCUCUUCGCUGGUUCAUUCGGGUAGUAUCUCUUCAGAUGGGCGCCAUAGGCACCGCGCGCAAGGGCCCAUGUCUCCAGCGCUAUCUGCUUUUGGACCCGCCAGUCCGGCAUCUUCAGUGGCGUCCCCUCACAGGGCACAUUUCUCCGCUGCGUCGUCCAUGCAUGAUAUGGGGAUGCGACGGGGUGCGACAGAUGAUUCAGGUCCCAUAAGUCCACUGCCUUGGGCGGGCGGCCUAGAUCCAAAUUGGAAACCUACAUAACGACACUUUUCAUUCGAUGUGCGA